UUUGACGACCCGACACACAUGUAUUCAUGGUGGUUUUAGCAAAAUAUCGAUUCCUGGUGAGCGGAUUGUCAAGGCUUCUAUGUUAGACGUGUUUUAUGCGUGUUUCGACUCGUAUUUGUGGGUGAUAUCUCUUCGUAACAGUGCCCAGAUUCAUAGACUGACGUCCACUACCUCGAAUAGAUGAUUGCGAUGUCAUCGAAGUUCGUUUUCCGGGUUUUGAAAAUAGUUUUUCUCUUUAUAGCAGCGACAAUUUUCCUCAGUAACGUAUUAAAACGUGUGCAAUUUGAUCCGUCAGUGCGCUACCUAGAGGAUUAUAAACCGCGCGUGAAAUCAUCGUUGAAAGAAUUGCCAUUUGCCGGUGAUAGGGGAACAAAUAUCAUGGCGCCUGCCAUUUAUCCACCACAAGCUAACAACUACACUGAUGAUUACGAUUACGAUGAGAUGAACCGAGCCAACCCGCCGAUCAAUGAUGUAGAAGAAGAUAUGCUGGAAGAAAACAAAGAUGAUACAGAUCUAUUACAAAUGCAAAUCACAACCACUCAUAAGGCAGUAGAUAAAAUCAGUUACCCCCCACGUUCCACGUUACCAGCAUUUUUAACUAAAAAGAAGUCGGAACCUGUUGAAAUCCCACGUACUGAAAUAAAAGUGAAGGAACCAAGUAAAGUAGUGGUUCCCGAGGAAUUCCCAGAUUAUUACAACUCAACAAGAGAUCCAAAACAAAUGAAGUAUCUCAUUGCAGUUAAUUUUCUGCAAGGAGGACCCAACUUCCAUUACGAGAAUUUUAAACUCGGUUUACUCUACGCACUACACCACAAAAGGGCUAUAUUUGCCCUACCAUUUGCUAAUCACUAUGGUCUGCGGGAGCAAAGAUUCUGGUGGGGAUUCGGUGAAACCUUCGACAUGGGCGUCCUUAAUAAUAUGAUACCCGUAGUUUCACCUAAGAGGUUCCAAGAAGUGUGUGGUGGGAAAAUAAAUCUAAUGUUAGUACAUCCAUUCACGGAACGGAAUCAAAGAAGUUUUGAAGUCUACAAAAAAGCUUUUAAGCUGUCACGUACCUUCAUGAAAGACAUUGUAAACAUUGAUUUGCCACCUUGGGAAAGUACUCCUAAGUCAGUAACAACAAGCAGAGAACAGUUUUUUGAACAAGCUGAAGACGCACGAUGUCUAGUAAUGUACAAACCUUUAGAUUUUUGGAAAAACAUCAAAGAAGAAAUUGAGCCAGGACGGAGGGCUCUAUUGCUUUCGUCAAUCUAUAAACACCUGGAUAGAGCACCGUCCGUGAAGGAAAUGGCAGACGACAUUUUAAAGAACAUCUGUGACGGUAAACCUUUCAUGUCAAUGCACUGGCGGAACAGGACGGGAGAAAUAUGCGGACGUCAGUUGAGGAACUCUGAUCGGUUAAACUGUGAUAAAUUAUUGCCUUACAUAUCCAGUGCGAGUAAGAAGGUAGUUGGUGGAGUAAAACAAAUAAUGAUACAGCAUGGCUUAUCUUGUAUUUACAUAGCUCAUCCAUCAUACUCGUCGGAGAUCGUCACAUAUAUGAAAGAAAAAAUCCCCAAUGUCUACACUUCUCAGAAUAUUCUUGCGAUGAAUACACCGGCAGUUGCAAGACUACGAAGAGAAAAUUAUCUUUUGUCUCUAGUUGAACAGGAAAUCGUGUAUCGUGGAGUGGUAUUUAUCGCGAGCCUGACAACAAACUGGUCCGAGUUCGUUGCUGAUCAGCGGACAGUUAACCACAGAGAGACUCUCUUUCUUCAUCAAAUUCCAGGAGUACCAAAACAGUUAUACACUCUAAUCUGACCAAGUCGAAAUAUUAUGAUCGUAAACACUAAAUCCCUGAACAUUAUCAGCUGUACGUGUUCUAAUUUACAUUCGUUUAAAAUUGUUGUCUUAUUUUAGCAAUUAUCAGGUGGUGAAUUGUAAUCCAUUCUUUUAAUGGAAUUCACAAAUCAUAUAAUAUAUAUCAUAUAUAUGUAUAUAUCAACAUUAUAAUAUGAUUACGUAAACAUUGUAUUGCGCAACACGAUUCAAUUGUACAACAUACUAGAAAACUUGUGCAACAAUUACAAUGAAUUGAUUAUCAGGGGACAUAUUACACGAAUCGUGUACUUACAAAUGUGGGAUACCUUCCAUUUUCGCAAUUCAAUGUUAUGUUAUUUUAUAUGUAAAUUAUUAACUUGCACACGUUUCACGUAUGU